AAUCUAAAUCCCCCGGUGUAGAAACCUCAGAUGAAACCAGGAAACUCAUCUCUUAUUCAUAGCUAAUGCUUUUCCUGCAACUGUGCGUGUUUCAAGGCUCCAGAAACCUUACUUCAUAAAGCCGUCUUAUUAUAAGACUGACGGGAAACACUCAUGGAAGAGCGCUGUAAAGAUUUCAUUGGGAGUUUUUGCUUCGGGCUUAGCCGGAGCCUCAGGUCCAGUCUGCUGCGCCAUCUCAGACUUGCACAUACUGAACAGUACAUAAGAUGGGCGAAGACUUCUCUUUGGCGGCGUCGGCUUUCCCUGACGAUCGCAAGCUUCAGUAUGACGCAGAGUUCCUCCUUUGUCACGCCAAGAGCCCAACGUUCAUUUCCAAGUCUGCGCAAUUCCUGCGUGCGCUAGAAGAGCCGGGAGCAGCCGUAAACGCCGUCUCGCCAGGUUGGAAACUUUCGGUGGACGAUUUCAAGGUCUUCUGAAGGGGUGCGGCGAUUGUCGAGGACUACCGUAGCUCCUCCCUGGGUUUACGGCGGCACAAGCUGGAAAAGGGCGAGAACCUGGAGGUCUUCGCCGGCUCUUCACGAAAGAAAACCCACCUGCUCUCAAGUCGUAGCGCGCAGCAUCAGUCCGGCAGCCGGCUACGGAGGGGGCUGUUCUUCCACCUACGCCUUCGUCUCCCCUCCUGCGGCGGAGAGCGAAAGCGAAAGCCGGGUGUGGCUCCGCCCCGCUUGCUGCGGCUAGAGGGAACCGUCGAAGCUUGACAGGCUGCGGGCUGGGCGGCUCCGAGUCCGAGCUCCGGAUCUCCUUACUUCCCCCCAGCGGUCUUUCCCUUGGUCUGUGAGAGAAUUGUCGCGGCAAGAAAGCGGAUUGCCCUCCCUUGCGCCAGCCUGGACAUGUGGAUGUUGUGCGUGUGGUGGGUGCUGCUGGGCACUCUGGGCGCCGGUUCAGCCCAGCUGUCAUUUCAGAAUGUCCCAUUUCUUGAAAUAAACUACUGUAAUGGACCUCAAUUCGUCCUCCCUUGUGUGGUAACUAAUCUGGAAGAGAAUAACAGCGUAACAAUGUUUGUGUCAUGGAAAUUUCAAGGAAACCCAUUGUUCACUUAUGAUGGAGUUUCUGGUAACAUUACCAAAGGCAAUAAUUUUGAAACUGCAAAAUUUCUGAACCACUCGAUGCUACCUUACGGCAUUGCUUCACUUGUUAUAUCAACAAAUCAGGCUGUUCUUGGAAAUUAUACUUGUGAAGUAACAGAAGGAAACAGAGAAGGAAAAACAAGAUUUGAACUGAGAGCGAGUUCAGCCUGCCUAAAUUAUUCAUCAGAAAGCGUACCUUGGUUUCAGCCAGUGGAACGGUUCUCUAUCAUUUCCAUCAUAGUAUUGAUUGUUAUUUUGUACUGGUGCCAGUUCAUUACUGUAGCUCAAAAGUUUGACAUGACAUUCGAAAAGAAAAUUGGCUUUACUGUUACAGGACUAUUAAUAUCAAUUUUUGCUGUGAUUGGUACCAUUCUUUAUGCCCAAGGUGGAUGUACAACAUCAGUUAGAACUGGUAUUGGUCUCAUAGUCAUCCCUGCAGUCAUCGUAGUGCCUCUUUUGUACUUCCUGUUUACAUCAGUUUUUGAGAAGCAACCACUUUUUGCAGUUAUUUUGCUAGCUCUGAAAGCACUUGGAUAUGUAAUUGCUGUGGCUGGAUUUGCUUUGUGUGUGACAGUAUGUGAGCCGAAACAUGGAUCUGUUUUGAUUGUAGGCUUAGCAAUUAUUGGAGCUGUAGCAGCAAUUGGCUUAAUUUACAUUAUUAUUAUUAUUGGUUCCAACUUGAAAGAUCAUCAGCCUCCAAGGAAAGCUGUUGAAGAAUCACUUAAUGAUGCAAAAGGAGUAAUGUUAGAAUGAUGAUGCACUGGAUAUGAGGUAAUUGAAUCCAAUUAUGGACAUGGAAACAAGUGGAGAGAGACUUUUGUUGAUACACCGUGGCCUUGAAGAUGCACUAUUCAAAGAGAAAUAAAAUCAGGAAAUUAGUUGUUUUGCAUGUUUGGAAAAGUGCUGUAAUGGCUCACCUGAUGUAACUUUAUAGUCACAGCAGCUGUAGUAAUUUUAAAAGAGAAGUAAGUGUAUGCACGUGAGGUUUCCCCCUUUCCCUUCCUUACAGAUGGUUGAGAGCAAAAAACAUGAUGCUCUCGGUCCACUUUCUCUUUAGUGCUGAACUUCUCAGAGGAUCUUGAAAAUGCUGUUUUGCAUAGAGACCAAACAUCACGAGGGACUACUUUUGGACAUCACAAUCUUGAUCUCAUCACCUCUGGGCCAGGGUUUUUGUUUGUUGUUUUGCUUUCGGGUUUGGUAUCAUUAAGCAGCAACCACUUAUAUGGAAUAGCAAUCCUUAUAUUUUAGAAAAAGCUGCAGUGCUGAAAAGUCUGAAACGGGGAUUGCUCAAAGGUUCUCCUUUCCUUCCAGAACUAUGUAUGUAUGUAUUUGCCGAUCCUCUCGCCCACACCUUAAAAAUUGCUGAACUCCAAUUCUCACUUAAAAAAAAAAUGUUUAGCUAAGCCAGCACUGGGAUGUUUGAAAGUAUCUCAAGGUCACAGAAGAGAUUUCUAGGGGGCCACUUAUACAAAUAUUUGUACUGCAUGAUAGAUUGUAUGGUUUUCUUUCUUGAAUUUUUAUUCACCAUUCUCUAAAAACAACUGCAUUCCCAAUCUAUACUGUCAUGUGAAAAAAGUAAGUACACCCCAUGUAAAGUUUUUGCUAAGAUAUAUAUAGAAAUAUCAAUAUUUUUUCUUAAUUUAAAUAAUAUAUAAAGGUGUCUUAAAUGAACUUUGAAAAGAAAAAUGACUUUGCAAUCAAUUAGUUCACUAGAAAAUUAAUAGACAUGCCAUUUUCUUCUCUGAAAAAGAUUAAGUACAUCUGUGGCUCUAAUAUCUGGUAGUGACCCUUUGCCAGAAACAACCUCAAGUUAACCUUUUUUCAAUCAUUUACUAGUGCCUGACAUUGCCUGGGAGAAUUUUUUCCCCACUACUUUUUGCAGAUUUUUUUCAUCUGUGCAAUGUUUGGGCUGUUUCAAAUUUUAAAUCACGUGAUAGCAUCUCAGUGGCAUUUAGAUCUAUACUUUGACUUGGCCAUUCCAGUGUUCAUUCUUUCUCUCCCCCCUCCAUCCUCCCCCCCCCUCUCCCCUUUCCUUCCUUUCUUUCUGCUUGACUUUCAAUCUUCUGCAAGAUAGUAUUACAUUAUUCUCAAAUACUUUCUGUUAAAAUGAAGAAUUCAUAGUGGAUUUUGUGAUGAUGAGCUGCCCAGGUCCUGCCUGCAGCCUCAAACAUCCUUUAUAGUUUGUUAUUAGGAUCUUCUGGUGGAAAAGCUAUCUUUGGUUCUCACCACAUGUGUCUUUUGUUAUGAUGACCAAAUAACUAUCUUUGUCUUGUAUGUAUCCAGAGCACAUUGUUCCAUAAAUCCUGAUCUUUGCCUACUAAGUGUUUUUGAGAAAACUUUAGUCCUGACCUAAUGUUCUUUCUGGACAGUAAUGAUUUCCUCUGUAGCACAUCUCACGUGUAGAUCUAAUUUGCUUCUUUCUAAUAGUAGUGCAACCAUCCUUGCUCUCCUUGACUUCUCAACAGCAUUUGAUAUCAUUCACUAUGCUAUCUUUUUGGGCUGGAGCUGGACAGCAAAAUCUUGCACUGAUUUGGCUCCUUUCUCAAAGCCAGUCACAAUCAGUGAUACGGGGGAUUAAGAGACCCAGCCCAUGACUGCUCUCUUGGGGUAUGGCUCAGGGCUCAGUAGUCUUUCCACUCCUUUUUAACAUUCACAUGAAGUUGCUGGGUGAGAUCAUCCGUCACCAUGGGUUGAGGUAGCAUCAGUACGCUGAUGAUUGUCUCCAAUCCUAGUGACCCAAGUGAUGCUAUUGCUGCUCUCUUGUAGUGCCUGGAGACUUUGGGGUCUGGGCUGCGAGACAACAGGCUUCGGCUGAACCCUGACAAGACUGAAUUAUUUUGGGUGCCUGGAGCCCCAAGAUCUGGGAUUUGACAUCCUUAGUUCUGGUUGGGGUGGCACUAUCCUGGACAGAUCUGUUCUGCAACUUUCCAGUUCUCUUUGACUUAUGACUCCUGCUCAAAGAGCAGGUGGCAGUCAUA